AUGAACCACAAAAAUAUAGUGAAACAAAUGAAACGAAUGAAUCAAGCCAAUUGUUCACAAACCGCAGAAAUGUUAGCACAACUUCAUCUUAUAAAAAUCAAAGGUGGAGAAAUUAAAUCAUACUAUAAAACUUAUUGGGAAACACUUUAUAUGACAAUAGACUUAAUUGUUAAAUCCAAGCCUAUUUUAGAAAAUCACAUAUCUGUAAUUUCUAAUACUGCAGUAUUUGAUCUUCUUGAGGAUGAAGAUUUUUAUAUUAAGUAUCAUCAGGUCUUUGUUAUUUUAAAACCUAUAAAGAAACUAACAAAUUGUUUAGAAGCUAGAACAGCCAAUUUAGCUGAUAUUUUUAUUGAUGAAAUUACUAAUAAUGAUGGGACUAAUAAUUUGAAUGAUAUUAAUAAAAGUGAAAUUUUGGAAAGUUUAAUAUUAAAUAUUGCAGAUUCAGUGGAUUUAAUGUUGCCAGAGUUUUUAGCAUCUGGAGAUGCAAUAUUUUCUUCAGAGCCUAUUACUAAUUGGGCUAGAGAUAUAGCAGUAGGUAAUAUGAAUUAUAAUUCUAUUAAGUUGGCACAUCAAAUGGUAUUAUGA